AUGUUAUUGAUCAUAUACUCCCAGUUUUUCUUUGCUUCCAUGGAUAUCUCGGUGAAGCUACUAAACGGCUUGGACCCUCCGGUGCAUGCACUUCAGGGCAUCACCUUGAUAUGCUGCGAGAUAUACAUGACUGUUAUGGGGAUCCCUGAUCCCAUAGCUGGCCCUAAAGGUGUUCGAAUGAUGCUUUUCAUCCAUGGUGUCACUGGGUUUUUGGGGCUAUCUGGCAUGUACUGGUCACUCCAGUACUUGUCUGUUGCAGAUGCCACAGUCUUGGUUUUUUUAACACCUCUUACGGCAGCGGUGGCUGGAUCUGUAUUUUUGAAGGAGAGCUACUCCGUCAAGCAAGCUAUCGCAGGAGUUUUCAGUCUCCUCGGUGUUAUUCUCAUAGGCAGACCCGCUUUCCUAUUUGGCUCCCCGGAUGCUGUUCCUCAAGGACUCUCAGACGUGGCCCCUGCGCAAAGGCUGGUGGGUGUUGUGGCCUGUAUGGUCAGCGUACUUGGAAAUACUGGAGCAUAUACCUUGAUACGCGCAAUUGGGAAGCACGCUCACCCGAUGCAUAUAAUGUCAUACUUUUCAUUAUGGUGCACAAUUAUAUCAUCGUUGGGGAUGGUUGUUUUUGAUAUUCCCGUUGUAUAUCCUAUGUCAUGGACGUGGAUACUUCUUUUGCUCAUGGUCAGUGUCUUCGGCUAUGCGGCGCAGGCCCUUUUGACGAUGGGACUACAAAGAGAAACUGUGGUUUUCAUCGUGGUGCUUGAACACCUGUUCUUUGGAGUUACACCAUCUUUACUGUCGGUUCUUGGCGCCGCCAUCAUCAUGUCCUCUGCUUUCUAUGUUGUCAUGAGUGGUUACUGUGCUUGUUGUUGCCAAACUUCUGUGCUGAUGUAGAUUUCACUCACCAGAUGAAAAAAGCAGAAACCUCACCAAGACAGUGCCACUGACAAUGCUGCAACACAGAAGUGUGGGGCCCUGCCUACUCCGGGAAGUUGGAUAUAUUGAUACUUCUGAGUCUUGCACUUUCCAAAAAUACUCCACCACUUGUACAUUCAAUGACUGUUAUUAUGUCCACUCUUUACGUUGUGGUGGGAAGUCAUCCUUACAUGGUU